UCACAGCCGCAGAACAUAUUUAUUCGCCAAAACCAAGAAAAUACAGAGAAAAAGCAAAAAUGGUGAAUCUCCCAAUUUUCAGAUAGACAGAGAAAUCAGCGGGCGUGUGGAUUAGCCGCGGGAUUGCGUUUGAAGGAAGGAAGGAAGGAAGGAUUGACUGACUGGAAGAAGGAGGACGACGCAAUUGACGAAUUUCUCGCUGCUAGGGUCGGGAAAAAGUGUCUUCUCUUUUGUUUUGUGUUUGAGGAUUCAAGCUAGGGUUCCUUUUCGUUUUCUUUUGUUUUAGGGGUGUAAUUUCUGAAAAUGAGGUUUCCGAAUGCGAAUUCUUGAGGAUUGGGGCUCCGAUCUUAUUGCGAAGCUUGGUAUUCUAGGGUUUUCAGGCGGGAAUGGACGUGGAUUCGGCGAUGGCUACCGAGCCCGAUCACGAUCCGUCGGAGGAGUCGGCCACGACUAACGGUCACGUCCAGCAGGGGGAAUCUCAAUCCUCUGCGCCUCAGCAACAGCAAAGUAAUAAUAGCAAUAAUGUUAGCAGUAAUAGUAAUAGUGGUGGCGGGGCGGUGGUGGCCGGUCCGCGGUGUGCGCCGACGUAUAGUGUUGUGAGCGCCAUCAUUGAGAAGAAGGAGGACGGUCCUGGAUCGCGAUGUGGCCAUACGUUGACAGCUGUGCCUGCGGUUGGGGAGGAAGGGAGUCCUGGGUAUAUUGGCCCGAGAUUGAUUUUGUUUGGUGGGGCAACUGCUCUGGAAGGGAAUUCAGGGUCCGCCGGAACUCCUUCUUCGGCUGGGAGCGCAGGAAUUCGGUUGGCUGGUGCUACUGCCGAUGUGCAUUGUUAUGAUGUUUUGACUAAUAAAUGGUCUAGGCUUACUCCAAUUGGUGAACCACCAACACCGAGGGCCGCUCAUGUUGCCACUGCUGUAGGCACAAUGGUUGUAAUUCAGGGUGGAAUUGGUCCGGCUGGGUUGUCAGCUGAGGAUCUUCAUGUUCUGGACCUUACACAACAGCGACCAAGAUGGCAUAGGGUUGUGGUACAUGGUCCUGGUCCUGGGCCACGGUAUGGGCAUGUCAUGGCUUUGGUGGGACAGCGGUAUCUCAUGGCGAUUGGCGGAAAUGAUGGGAAAAGGCCCUUAGCUGAUGUAUGGGCGCUGGAUACUGCUGCUAAACCAUAUGAAUGGCGGAAACUGGAACCAGAGGGUGAAGGCCCCCCUCCAUGCAUGUAUGCAACUGCUAGUGCACGUUCUGAUGGUCUUCUCCUACUUUGUGGUGGACGGGAUAUGAACAGUGUACCAUUGGCUAGUGCAUUUGGGCUUGCUAAACAUAGAGAUGGUCGGUGGGAAUGGGCCAUUGCCCCAGGUGUCUCACCAUCUGCUAGAUAUCAGCACGCCGCGGUUUUUGUCAAUGCACGUCUCCAUGUAUCUGGUGGGGCACUUGGUGGUGGACGCAUGGUAGAGGAUUCCUCUAGUGUGGCUGUUUUAGAUACUGCAGCUGGAGUUUGGUGUGACACAAAAUCAGUUGUCACAAGUCCAAGGACUGGCAGAUACAGUGCAGAUGCUGCUGGCGGGGAUGCAGCAGUUGAAUUAACAAGGCGGUGUAGGCAUGCUUCUGCUGCUGUUGGUGACUUGAUUUUCAUCUAUGGUGGUUUACGUGGUGGUGUGUUGCUUGAUGACUUGCUUGUGGCUGAGGAUCUGGCUGCAGCUGAAACAACUAGUGCAGCUUCACAUGCAGCUGCUGUGGCAGCUUCAUCCAAUUUACCGCAAGGGAGGCAUGGAUUUACUGAUGAUAAAUCAAGGGCACCUGCACUUGAUGCCGCUGCGGAUGGUGGCGCAGUUGUUGUUGGAAAUCCAGUUGCUCCCCCAGUGAAUGGUGACAUGUAUACAGAUAUAAGCACAGAAAAUGCCAAGGAAGGUACCAGAACCUUAACUAAAGGGGUUGAGUACUUAGUUGAGGCUUCAGCGGCAGAAGCUGAGGCUAUAAGUGCCACAUUGGCUGCGGCUAAAGCUCGACAAGUUAAUGGAGACGUUGAGUCACCUGACAGAGAUCGUGGGGCGGAAGCAACUCCAAGUGGAAAACAAAUAUCUACUUUGAUCAAACCUGAUUCUUCAGGAUCAAACAAUACUGCUUCAGCUGGAGUUCGUCUUCACCAUCGUGCUGUUGUUGUAGCUGCAGAGACUAGUGGUGCACUAGGUGGUCUGGUCAGGCAGCUUUCAAUUGAUCAGUUUGAAAAUGAAGGCAGGCGGGUCAGUUAUGGAACUCCUGAAAGUGCAACUGCUGCUAGGAAACUUUUAGAUCGACAAAUGUCAAUUAAUAGCAUACCUAAGAAGGUUAUUGCUCAUCUCCUGAAACCUCGUGGUUGGAAGCCUCCAGUCCGGAGACAGUUUUUUCUAGAUUGCAACGAAAUUGCGGAUCUCUGUGACAGUGCUGAGAGAAUAUUUGCAAGUGAACCUACUGUAUUACAGCUCAGAGCUCCUAUUAAGAUAUUUGGUGAUCUCCAUGGGCAAUUUGGCGAUCUUAUGAGACUCUUUGAUGAGUAUGGUUCACCUUCCACAGCAGGGGAUAUUGCAUACAUUGAUUAUCUAUUCUUGGGAGAUUAUGUCGAUCGAGGCCAACACAGCUUAGAAACCAUUACUCUUCUGCUUGCAUUGAAGGUUGAGCAUCCUCAUCAAGUGCAUUUGAUCCGUGGUAAUCAUGAAGCUGCAGAUAUCAACGCUCUUUUUGGCUUUCGAAUCGAGUGUAUCGAGCGGAUGGGUGAGAGAGACGGAAUAUGGGUAUGGCAUCGGAUAAACAGAUUGUUCAAUUGGCUUCCUCUGGCUGCAUUAAUCGAGAAGAAAAUUAUUUGCAUGCAUGGUGGCAUCGGGAGAUCAAUAAACCAUUUAGAACAAAUAGAAAGUAUUCAGCGCCCAAUUGCUAUGGAAGCCGGAUCCAUUAUACUAAUGGACUUACUGUGGUCUGAUCCGACCGAAAACGAUAGUGUAGAAGGAUUGCGACCAAAUGCAAGAGGCCCUGGUUUGGUAACCUUUGGGCCAGAUCGGGUGAUGGAAUUUUGCAACAACAACGAUCUUCAAUUGAUUGUCCGAGCUCACGAAUGUGUAAUGGACGGAUUCGAGAGAUUUGCUCAGGGACAUCUAAUCACUCUCUUUUCCGCCACAAACUAUUGCGGCACUGCCAACAACGCCGGUGCUAUUUUGGUACUGGGCAGAGAUUUAGUCGUUGUCCCAAAACUCAUCCAUCCGCUCCCGCCUGCAGUUUCGUCUCCGGAAUCAUCUCCCGAAUCCCAUAUGGACGACACAUGGAUGCAGGAGCUGAAUGCCAACCGCCCCCCUACGCCCACGAGGGGCCGCCCCCAAGCCCCCGGCGACCGGGGCUCUCUUGCCUGGAUUUAAGACAACGAUAAUCUCUCCUGCCCGGAAUAUUUCCAACAUUGCUUCAUCUCUGUACAUAGUGUAUGCAAAUUUGGAGUCAUUUCUUGGAGGCUUGGCGUCAUCAAAUCCAUCCUCGCCUUGUUGAGGCUGCCCGGGAUCGGUUUCCGGAAUAUUCGCCUUCUGUCCGUACAUGAGGAACAGGUAUAGUCAGUCUGUCUUGAGUUCUUAUUUUUCUUCAUGGGGUGAAAUUUGGUGGUGUGUCUUAGUUACUUCUCUUUUUACAUAAUUUUGGUUUUGGUGUAGUUGUAUUAUCGUUGUUAUCAUUUUUAUUAGCAGUGUGAUUAUUAAUUUAAUUUAAUUUAAUUUUCCUAUA